UUGCUGUGGACGGCCGUGAUGGCCUUGCCACCCGGCCACAGUACCCUUAAUAAUUACGACCAUUCGGCUGUAACUGCCAGUGCCAUCCGUCGUGUAAAAGUAAAAACUCCUCGUUUUGUUUCUCCCUAUCUUAAAUGGGAAUACCGAAACCGACCUACCUCUGAAUCAACAAGAACCCAAUUGCAUGGCUCCACCCGGAAUCAAAAGGCCGUAUGUGACUACAACAUUCCGACAUGUGUCUUUUCCGCUAACUCCAUAUCAAGAAAAAGUGAAAAAUCCAAUUUCACCUCUCCUUUACAGAACCUCAUUAUAAAACCCUCCACACCCUGUCUUUGGAUUCUCCAUCUUGCCUUCACACAACUUUUAUCUUUACAUACACACAAGAUUCGGUAAUCUUUAACUUUAAGCGUAAUACUUAAGCAAAGCAUCGAUCCAUGCCUGUAGAAUCCGCGUUUAAAGCAAUCGAGAGCGACGAGAAUGUGUUGCAAAAGCACGUUGCUUUCUUUGAUCGUAACAACGACGGUGUGAUUUACCCCUGGGAAACUUUUCAAGGGUUUCGAGCAAUUGGGAGUGGAAUUCUGCUAUCCUCAGUCGCUGCUCUCUUCAUUAAUAUGGGUCUCAGUGGAAAAACUCGCCCUGGGAAGAAGUUCCCCAAUUUACUCUUCCCGAUUGAGAUCCAAAACAUCAAUAUGGCAAAACAUGGCAGUGAUUCUGGCGUCUACGACACUCAUGGAAGGUUUGUUCCUUCAAAGUUUGAGGAGAUAUUCGAGAAGUAUGCACGAACGAAUUCAGAUGGGUUGACAGCAGAUGAACUCAACGAAUUCAUCAAAGGAAAUAGGGAACCAAAAGACUAUGGAGGAUGGAUUGGAGGGUUUACAGAAUGGAAGAUCUUGUAUUAUCUGGGUAAGGAUGAGAAGGGAUUAUUGAAGAAAGAUGUGGUUAGAGGUGUUUAUGAUGGAAGCUUGUUCCAUAAAAUGGUGGAAGAAAAGGAAAAGGCUAAAGCGUCCAAGAAGAAACACAUUGAUAAAACAUUGAAUUGUAGGUUGCUGGGGAGUGAGAAGAACUUUCGGAGAAGGCCAAAGGCUGCUGACGGUGUCAAAGGUUGUAGUCGGCAUGAAUGGUGAUUGUCUGAUCGUCAAUUACCCGAUCAACCUUGUGCCCUUGCGUGUGUGUUCGUGAAACGUUAACGUGAAGGAGGAACGAAACGGUACCAUCAAUCCCAAUUCUCACGUUUAAUUGUUUUUUAGUUUUUUUUUUCGUUAUCUGAUUUUAAAUUGUAUUGGACUAUUUUGUAAUAUGUAAUAUUAUAAAUGGAAUGAGUAUUUGUGCUAC